GGGCACGCGCAGGGUUUUUUCACACUUUUGUAAACAACAUGGCGAUUCAGGGUCUAGCCCCGCUAGCCGCUGAUUAAAACACACUGUGCUGUCAAACUACAGCUGUUUGGCGUUAUAAAUGUAAACGUUAGACCUUGCGGAAGUUACGCGUCGGGCACAUAGUUAAGUUGGCACCGAAACGACAAAGAGCUGCACCGACGAGCUGUCAAGAAGAGCGUUUGACAGUCCAACGGCCCUCUUCAGUCUAUGGGCUCUCAGUCCAGUUCUGGGAUGUCUGGUGGAAGGGGCUCUUCCAGUGGCAACCCAGCUGAUCAGCCUGAAGGAGCAGAAUCAAACCAGAGCAGCAGCAGCAGCAGCAGCCGAGGCCGCAGGACGGCUGACAGGCAGCAGGGAGACAGACAGACAGCAUCAGAGGAGGACGUUGACUUAGCUGAAGUGCUGGCUUACCUACUAAGGAGGGGCCAGGUCCGACUGGUCCAUGGCAGUGGAGCCACAGGGCUGCAGCUGGUCCAGUCCUACUCUGACUCUGAUGAGGACAGCGACGGCGCCUGGGAGGGUCGGCUGGGGAACCGCUACAAUCCACCAGUGGACGCUCAACCAGACACACAUGAAGUGGACCAAAGUGAGAUCCGAACCCAGAUCAUGUUGGCCACCGGCUCCUCUACCCUGAAAGGCCGACACAGUUUCACCCACAUGCUAACAGAGAGGGAACAAGGCAGAUGUAGAGGCUCUAGUUUUUCACAUGGAGAGUGCAGCCGUAUCCGCACACAUUUUCUGCCAAACUAUGUAUCCCACAAGGAUACGUACCAACAGAAAGCCUUCUGUGGAGUGUACAGCGAGGAUGGCAACAUGUUCCUCUCUGCGUGCCAAGACCAGAACGUCCGCUUGUACGACACCACCAGGGGGCGCUUUCACCUACGGCGAACAGUGAAGGCUCGGGAUGUGGGCUGGAGUGUUCUGGAUGUCUGCUUCACCCCUGACGCACAACAUGUACUCUACUCCAGCUGGUCUGACUACAUUCAUAUGUGCAGUAUAGAUGGAGACAGUGAAAACCACACCGCGCUGGACCUCAAUCCCGAUGAGAGGAGGUUCUGUGUGUUCUCACUGGCUGCGUCCACAGAUGGCAACGAGAUCCUGGGAGGAGCAAAUGAUGGCUGCCUUUAUGUUUUUGAUCUCGAGCAGAAUAAACGAACGCUGAAGAUUGAUGCCCACGAGGAUGAUGUGAACGCGGUGGCGUUCGCCGACAGCUCGUCCCAGCUGCUCUUCUCCGGCAGCGACGACGCACUGUGCAAGGUGUGGGACAGACGGACGCUGCGGGAGGACAGACCGCAGCCUGUCGGACAGCUGGCCGGCCACCGAGACGGCAUCACCUUCAUCCACAGCAAGGGUGACGCACGCUAUCUGAUCAGCAACUCCAAGGACCAGUCCAUCAAGCUCUGGGACGUCCGGAAGUUCUCGCCCAAAGAGGGUUUGGCAGCUUCCCGCCUCGCUGUCACCCAACAGAACUGGGACUACCGCUGGCAGCAGGUUCCCCAGAGAGCACUGAAGAGACACAAGCUGACAGGCGACACCUCGGUGAUGACAUACCGCGGCCACGGCGUUCUGCACACCCUCGUCCGCUGCCGUUUCUCUCCAGAGUUCAGCACUGGGCAGAGGUUCAUCUACUCCGGCUGCUCCACCGGCAAAAUCAUCAUUUAUGAUGUCCUGACGGGCACCGUGGUCUCCAGACUGUCGGGCCAUGACGCGUGUGUGAGGGACGUCAGCUGGCACCCGUACGAGGACAACAUCGUCAGCAGCUCCUGGGACGGAGCGGUGCGAAUGUGGGAGCACAGACAGACCCAUCCGCUAGAGGAGGAGAGAGAGCGGGAGAGCGAGUCCGACAACGGGAAAAAGGCCUUUUAGACAACGAGAGAAGAAGAGAGACAAAGGAAAAGAAGGUCGAAGGAGGUGACAUCGCCCCAGACGGGGCCAGGGCCGGCCCUAACACAGGAAGGCAAUACGCUCAGAAGGACUGGGAGAGACUUUCUUUUAAAUUCAAUGCUGGAUAUUAAUGAUUACAGUUAUAGCGUGGUUGUGCAGUGUUCAUUUGGAAGGCAUUCUAGCCUUACGUUGUCAAGUGCAGUGGGACGGCCUACUUUUGUUUUCAACAGGCCAAAGCUUUCGAAUUUGGCCUGAAACACUUCGCGCAACAUGUGCUGUAGCUCGCUAAGCACAGCACUUACUUAAUGAGCUAUUGAAAUGUAUUGGUAAUUAAGCUAUUUAGAACCCAAUAUUGGAUAUUGCAGGGAGAAACUGACAAUUCUGAUUCUGUAUAAAUGUAAAGUAUUUGAAUGGUUUGUGCAUUCAGGGAGUGUAAUUAGAGAGUUGUCAGUGUGCCGAUUUAGACUUUCGCCCUUGCUGUUAGGAAUAACAUGAGCUGUGUCCUAUUUUAAGGGGACCAACACAUUCAAAGUCCACAUUUAAAGAAUAAAUUUAUUAUAAUAUUCCAGUACGUUAAUUACCAGUUGCCCUAAAUCAUGACUCCUAAACCUGCAACCAUUGCUCCACGACUUGGUUAGCUGGCAACUUUAUGGUGGUCAACUUCCUGUGUUGGGGAAAAAUUCCAAAAGCAUACCAAAAUGACCAGGACGCCCCACAAACACACUGUUAGUUUUACUGUCAACGUCCCAAUGAUCUUACGUGAAAACGUCUUUAGAUGGCCUCCCGACAGGCCCUGUUCUCAGACACGGCAGUAGUCUGAGGUCUUCUUAUUGACCCGGGGUCAACACUCAACUCUGUACAUACAAGCCCUGAGUGGAUAAAAAAAAAACAAGAGUAAUUGUGUUGGCCAAUAUAAACCUGUGAUCUGUUUCUAAGAUUUGAAUGUGUGUGAUAAUAUGUCAUGAAGUCAAGACUUGGUGAAGGGACAGGAGAUGUGUGCGUGGAUCAAAACGUACACACUGAUCUGUAUAUGCAAUUUUCAGGUGUUUAUAUCAAAGCUCACUCUCAGACCGUUGUUUUACAGUAACAAUUAAACCUUUCAAUGUAUCGCAAC